AUGACCUACGUCUCAAAUGAUCCCAGUUGGUGGCCGCAAAUCAAUUGGUAUAUUCUUCUCGGCUAUUGGACAGUUGUCGCGGGCGUCUUAGUAGUAUAUGAUUGGGUCUUAACACUCGGACAAGAGAUUGAACUCAUCUGGAGACAACGCUGGUCCCUCAUGACUGUGCUGUAUUUGACUAUACGCUAUAUGGGAAUACUGUAUUCUGUUGUCAAUGUUCUGAAAACUAUGCCAUCGGUAUCGCUGACAGAUGCAGGGCGAGUGAAAUUCCACGCAUUGAACUUGGUUCAACAUAAUGAUUCAAUACUAGGCAUUAUCACAUACUCCGCAGUAAGUUGGAUAAAUACGGCCUUGACUGCCAUGUUGGGCGUGAUCAUGAUUGCUCGGUUGCAUGCCAUGUAUGAGAGAUCUAGAACGAUGCUUAUGAUCCUUGUUAUUAUCUUCCUGGCUGUAAACAUCGCCUGCGGGGUAAUGGCGGGAAUGGCACUCAACGAUACUGUAGCAGAGGAGUUGAUACUCUCUGGCACAUAUAUGUGUCAUUUUGUCCAUGGAGGGAACGACCAGCUUCUGUAUUCAAUGGUUUGGAUGCUCAACAUUGUUUGGGAGGUCCUCGCUCUGUGUCUUUCAGUCUGGGUUGCUAUGAAACACUUCCGUGGGAUGCGACGACUCGGCCUAUCGACAGGAUCGACCAUCGGGGACUGUUUCAGAGUGCUGAUACAAUCUCACGUUCUUUAUUUUGCAAGCUUUGUUGGUGUCUCUUGCCUCCAGCUUGCUUUUCUCUCUCCAACAAUCUCGAAUUCAAAUCCUAUUGAAAUUCUGAUACUCGCAGGUGCUCUUCAAAUUUUAUCGGUCGUGCAGAUGUUUGUGCUAGGACCAUGCCUCAUCCUUAGCAUUCGAGAAUACAACGCCAAACUCGUUGCAUACUCCGACGCAGAAACUAGUAUGAAUUCGAUUGUGUUCCAGGAGCGUGUACAUGUAUCAACUAGCAGUACUGUGUAGGGAGUGGUCUGCACUGUGCAGGGAGGACAAAUUUGGUGGAGGAUCCGUCGUGGUAUUUAUUUAACAUAUCGUGGUUCGAAGUAUAUUUGAAAGAUCUAGACUAGGAGUGGGUUGGAGACGCAAGUGAGGGGUGUGGGCAUGGAGACUCUUUCUCGUUGGUGGCUGGAGUGUGAAUCAAACUGCUCUUACUCGGCUUGGUUAUCG